AUUACAGAAACAUAACAAGUGCUUCAUCUGCACCGCCCAAUCUUCACAGAGAAAUCAAUGACCAUGACUUGCAGGGCCGGGUUAGCUACCGAAGAGAACCUUCAGAAUCCGAGUACGUCCCGUCGGCCGUCUCCAGAAUCCGAGAUUGUAUAGUAUGCGUUUCCCCGGCUUCCGUUUUCAACUGGGUUUUUUAAGGGUCAAGAAAGAAAAAGAAAAACUAGGGUUUUGCCUGCCGACACCGCCGCCAUCCACCUCUCCUCCUUCCGAGCAUCUACGGUCGCCGUCGCCGCCACCGCCGGCCCUCCGAUGGAGGGGCCGCCAGAUUGGACGGCCGCCCGGGACCGGGAGGUUUUCAUCAACUACUUCGAGUCCAAGUCAUGGCCGUCGUCGUCGAGCCCCUUGGUACCCGUCGACGACCCCGCGACCUUGUUCGCCAACGCCGGGAUGAACCAGUUCAAGCCGGUAUUCCUCGGCACCGCCGCCCCCGAUUCGCAGCUUGGCAGCCUGCGCGGCGCCUGCAACAGCCAGAAGCGCAUCCGCGCCGAAGCACAACGACCUCGACGACGUGGGGAAGGAGGAGGCCAUCGGGUAUGCGUGGGAGCACCUGUCGGAUUCUUGCCUUCGCUCCCCCUUUUGAUGCUAGUUUCUACCACACUGCUGUACCUCUGCAGCAGAUUAUGGAUCGGUAAAGUUUAAGUGAAAAGUUUAGGUUCUCUUUGGUGGUUUCAAUGGUGAGUGAGAUUAAGCUUGUGUUUUUGUGAUGAUGAUGUAAGUAGACAGUAAGCACGAGAUGAUGCAAGACGAGGGUCUGUGACUUAUGUGGUAAUCUUGUAGUAGUUUUUAGUUUGUCUUUCGCACAUGUUAAUCCAUUGGAGAGAGCUGAUAUGCGAUGAUAUAUACAAAGUUGCAGUGAGAUUU